UUUCAUGUUUUGUGUUUCUUUCUUUCUUGUUUGUAGAUGAAUCUUCCGACAUUUUACAUUCAGCUUCACAUAAUAAGAACCAAAUGGAAAGACAACUUGCACUGGAGGCUUUGCGAAGGAAAAGAAGAAGAGAAGACGACACAUCUAAAAAUUCCAGAAGUGAAUCACCCCACCACACGGUAAAACUUAAACGUCUAGACAACGUGCCUCCUAUUUCCAUAGCACGUAGUUUAUCACCUCCUACGCCCUCUAAAUCGCAUACCAAAUACACCAAAAAGAAAAAAUCGGUUGAAACAACACGCCAUAGUAACAAACAGAGUCAGAACGUAAAAAAUAGAUCUAACAACAGCAAUAGCGUCAGUCAUGAAGUCGACUUUGUGAGAGUGAAAGCUAAAGAUCAGGUACCAAUCUUGACUUUCUGGACGACAAUCGACCCUUAUUUCAAAGUAUUGGCCGAAGAAGAUCGCGAUUUUCUAAUUAGUAAAGAGAAUGAAGAGAAGCCUUAUAUUAUACCUCCAUUGGGUAGACAUUACACGGAUAUUUGGUCUGAAGAUGAAUUACCUGCAAUGAGCCGUUCGCAUUCUCCUGCAACAAGCUCAAGCUCGCAUGACCACCUACGUUAUGUUGACCAGAUUACGGACGAUCAUUUAUACAAGGAUGACAUAACGUGUGGGAAUCUGACAGAGAGAUUGCUGAGUAGUUUAGUGGCAGAUGAUAAUAUAACUAUUGCUGAAGAGGAUGAUGAUAUCUUUAACUAUGAUCCGGUGGGGAAGCACUACACUCCGCACGAUGAUAUUGCUCAAUUCGAAGAAAGAUUAAAAAGUGAAUUGCGCUAUGCAGGAUUAUUUGGAGAAGACGAUGUCGAUUGGAAUACCAGGGAGGACGAUGAAAUAUGCGCUGAAUUAAGAUUGGCUUCUCGAGAAUUAAAAGAUCAAUAUACCACCAAUGAAUAUAGGAAAAAGAAACUGCUAGACGUUGUCGACAGUCAGUUACAAUAUGAGCAAUACAGACAUGUUUUGGAUAAUUUGGAUUUACAGGUUGAGCAAUGCUACCUAAAGAGAUUUAGAACCCAAAAAUCUAAGAAGAGAAAGACGCCAGCUUCACAAAAAACGGCCUUGUCAGAACACGCUGUACAUGCCAUGAAUAAAAGAAAGGCUUGGGUAGAUGCUCUUGAGGGUAUAUUCAAGGAUAAAAACUUGGUUAGGCCCACACAAUCGAUAUUUAAUGAGGAAAAGCCCCAAACAGACCAGUAGCAUUACCCACACUAACUUGUACAUUGCUUUGUUUUUUUCUAAAAAAAAAAGAGUUGGUUGUAAUAAAACUAAUCUUUGUAAAGGAAGAACUAUAUUUGAAUACCCGCAGUGCUCUGCUAAAAUGUCGAGUAUCGAAAUUUUAAUUAUUAGGAACCAUAUAGUUAUUUUACUAACAACAGAGAAGCAGUAACAUAAGCUUCACGGUAUUACGUAGGAAUAAACCUGAUAUAUCACCC